CAUUUAUCCAUUGGCCAAGUAGACAAGAAUGUCUGGUGAUUGAAGAAAGAUUUAAGUUAAAAGGAGGUAUUUCAGGUGUCAUUGGGGCUAUCGAUGGUACACAUAUAAAUGUUAAAGCUCCAUUGAAACAAGCUGAUAGUUAUACUAAUYGUAAACUUGGUAAAAGUAUGAUUGUACAAGCAGUAUGCACAGAGGGAAAAAUAUUCACCAAUAUUUCAGUAGGAUUUCCUGGCCGCAUUCAUGAUGCAAGAGUAUUGGUUAAUUCAGAAUUAUAUAAACAAGUAACCGAAAAUGGGCCAAGUUCUCUAUUUUACAAUAAAUAUCAUCUGUUAGGAGACACAGCAUAUCCUAACCGAGAAUGGUUAAUCACUCCAUUUAAAAAUUAUGGAAAUAUAACACACCGAAAAACCAAAUUCAACUACCUCCAUGCAAAAACUAGAGUUGCCAUUGAAUGUGCAUUUGGCUUAUUAAAAGGAGAAAGAUUGGAGCUGGAGAAGAUUAUUAUAUUUGAAUAA